AAGCCAACCUCGUGCUCAAUUGUUUUAGUCUUCGGACUCCUACUUUUCUUCCACACUUGUCUUACUUCAAACAGUGACGAUUAUAAUUUUAGUUUAAUCAAAUUUAUCAAAACCAGAGGAUUCUCCCUCUCACCGUCCAACAUGUCUGUGCGUCAAGUUUUCUGGCAAUGGCCACCUUUGAUGCUUCUAUUUUUUCUUCUUUUUGUUGUGUUAGCUUCUCCUUCUAAAGCUGAUGAGAUUCAGAUAUUGCUCAGCUUGAAAUCCCACCUCAAAGAAUCGAAUACAGGUGUUUUCAUUUCGUGGACAGAAGGGAAUUCUGUGUGUAACUUUACUGGAAUAGUUUGCAAUAGUAAUGGACUUGUUUCAAAAAUCAAUCUUCCUCAACAGAACCUAGUUGGGGUUGUUCCCUUUGAUUCGAUAUGCGGGCUGCAAUCACUGGAGAAGAUUGAUCUUGGUGGGAAUUCUUUGUAUGGUGGCAUUACUGCAGGGUUGAAAAAUUGUACAAGAUUGCAAGUUCUUAACUUGGGGUUAAAUUCUUUUUCUGGAGAGGUCCCUGAGUUGUCUUCAUUACACAACUUGAAUUUCUUGAAUUUAAACAACAGCGGAGUUUCCGGGACUUUUCCUUGGAAAGCAGUACAGAAUCUUACCAGCCUUGCUUUCUUGAGCCUGGGGGAUAAUCCAUUUGAUUCAACACCAUUUCCUGUGGAGGUCCUGAAGCUUGAGAAGCUGUAUUGGCUUUACCUCACGAAUUGCAGCAUGAGAGGAGAGAUUCCAGAUGGCAUUCAGAAUCUUACUCUCCUGGAAAAUCUUGAACUCUCUGAUAAUCAAAUGUCAGGUGAAAUCCCUUCAGGAAUUGGGAAGCUGAAGAAACUUCGGCAGCUUGAGCUUUACAACAAUUCCUUUACAGGAAAACUCCCUGUUGGACUUAGAAAUCUAACAAGUCUUAAGAACUUCGACGUGUCACAAAAUAGGCUUGAAGGUGACCUCUCAGAGUUGAGAUUCUUGAACCAACUUGAGUCACUGCAUCUCUUUGAAAACCAGUUCUCAGGGGAGAUUCCAGUGGAGUUCGGUGACUUCAAGAACCUGAUAGAACUUUCUCUUUACAGAAACCAGAUCACGGGUUCACUUCCUCAAAAGAUUGGUUCGUGGACUGGUUUCGAAUACAUUGAUGUUUCGGAGAAUUUCUUGACGGGUACAAUUCCACCAGACAUGUGCAAGAAUGGCAUGAUGACUGAUCUUCUUGUGUUGCAGAACAAGUUGACUGGAACAAUCCCGGAAAGUUAUGCAAACUGUAAGUCUUUGAAUCGUUUGCGUGUAAAUAACAAUUCACUUUCUGGUAGUGUUCCUCCUGGAAUAUGGGGUUUGCCAAAUCUUUCUGUAAUGGACCUCUCUAUGAAUCAGUUUGAAGGUCCAGUGACUGGUGAUAUAGGUAAUGCCAAGUCUCUUGGACUAUUGACUUUAUCUUACAACCGGUUUUCUGGUGAAUUACCUCCUGGGAUUUCUCAAGCUUCAUCAUUAGUCACAAUUUUUCUGGAUUCAAAUCAAUUUUCUGGCCAAAUCCCAUCAGAGAUUUGCAAAUUGAAGAAGCUAGGUAGCCUUUAUUUAAAUGAAAACAUGUUUUCUGGUCCCCUGCCUAACACUCUAGGUUCAUUUGCUUCUCUCACAAGCAUCAACUUUGCUCGUAAUUCACUUUCCGGGAAAAUUCCUGAUAGUCUUGGGUCUCUAACUACAUUGAACUCCUUGAAUUUAUCUAAAAACGAGCUUUCUGGUGAAAUCCCAGUUUCUUUGUCAUAUCUGAAAUUGAGCCUUCUGGAUUUGUCUAACAACCAAUUGGUUGGUCCAGUACCUGAAGCUUUAAAUAUUAAAGCAUUCAGUGAAGGCUUCAAUGGAAAUCCUGGCUUAUGUAGCCAAAAUGAUGAUAAUUUCAGGCCAUGUUCGUCAGAUUCUGGGACAUCUCAUCAUCUGAGGACAUUUCUGUGGUGUUUUAUAGCUGGAACACUAGUCCUGCUUAUUUCACUUGCAUGUUACUUGUUUGUCAAGUUAAAACAGAACAUUCCUGAAAAUUCAUUGAAGAAGAAUUCUUGGGAUAUGAAAUCAUUUCGUGUAUUAAGCUUCUCCGAAAAGGAGAUUAUUGAUGCUGUCAAGCCGGAGAAUUUGAUAGGCAAAGGAGGGUCAGGCAAUGUGUACAAAGUUGUACUUAACAAUGGCAAAGAACUAGCAGUGAAGCAUAUCUGGCCUUCAAAUUCCAUUGACCGGAAAAACUGCCGAACCAGCUCAGCUAUGCUAACAAACAGGACUUUCCGAUCAUCGGAAUAUGUUGCCGAGGUAGCAACAUUGAGCGCAGUGAGGCAUGUGAAUGUGGUGAAGCUGUACUGCAGUAUCACCAGUGAAGACAGCAAUCUGCUGGUUUAUGAAUACUUGCCCAAUGGAAGCCUAUGGGACCGACUGCACACGUGUCACAAGAUCCUUAUGAGUUGGGAGGUGAAAUAUGCUAUCGCGGUGGGGGCUGCAAAGGGAUUAGAGUAUUUGCAUCAUGGGUGUGAUAGGCCUGUGAUACACCGCGAUGUGAAAUCCAGUAACAUUUUGCUGGAUGAAGAGUGGAAGCCCAGAAUUGCUGAUUUUGGACUAGCAAAGAUUAUGCAGGUUGGUGAUGGAGGAGAUUGGACUCAUGUCAUUGCUGGAACUCUUGGAUACAUAGCUCCUGAGUAUGCCUACACUUGCAAGAUAACUGAGAAGAGUGAUGUCUAUAGCUUUGGGAUAGUUCUACUGGAAUUGGUCACAGGAAAGAGGCCAAUUGAGCCAGAGUUUGGAGAGAACAAGGAUAUAGUGCACUGGGUAUGCAGCAAAAUGAAGAGCAAAGAGACUUUGCUUGAUGUGGUAGACUCAACCAUCUCAGAGGCUUCAAAGGAAGAUGCCCUCAAAAUUUUGACAAUUGCCAUGCAUUGCACCACCAAAAUUCCAGCACUAAGACCAUCCAUGAGAAUGGUAGUGCAGAUGCUGGAAGAGGCAGCGCCUUGUAUGCUUACAGACAUUGUCGUUGAUAAAGAGGUCAAAAGCAGUCCAAUUUCAAAACAAACAUUCUAUGAUACCAAGAUAUGAGUAUUACUUUCUAUAACCUCAGCUUGUAAAAUUGCAGUGGACUUGGCUGCCAAAGGUAGGAGUUCCCAGGCAUUAAAAUUAUUAGUAUUUGUAUAAUUUUAGGUAUCAGCUCAAAAGAGAGAGCAGAUUUCCAUUGUAAUCUAACAACCAACUUCCGAAAGCAAAUAAUGUCUUCAAUUUUGGUACAAAAGGAAACAGUAGCCAUUACAGUGGUUAGUUUCUCUUGUAAACUCAUCUGCAAGUAGCAGAAAAUGUGCUUUUCUGGAGAAGAUAUCAAAAUAGAUUACUGGGCAUCUUUUAGAUUAAAUUCUUA